AGUAGAAGAAGAUGUGUUGCAACCAAAGAUUUUCCUCAUGGUAGAGGAUAUCGGUUCAAUUCUUCUAUCUCAUUUGUCAAAUGACAUGACUUCUCUUUUAUAUGAUUUUUCUGGUGGCAACUCGGUAUUUGAAGAUGGUAAUCGCUAUUGCAUGUUCUCUAUAUAAGAACAAAGCCUCCUUGCCUGUUGAAGAGAGAGAGAGAGAGGGAGAUGAUGAUGGCGGACAAGGAAGAGAGCAAGAGCUGUAGAAUACUAGUGAUUGGAGCAACUGGGUAUGUGGGUAAAUACAUGGUUAAGGCUAGUAUUUGCUUGGGUUAUCCAACCUUUGUGUACGUUCGGCCAUUAUCAUCCACUUCAAGCUCCUCCAAGCAAGAGGCGCAUGGAGGGUUUCAAUCCAUGGGAGUUACCAUCUUUCAGGGAGAAUUAGAUGAGCAUGAGAAGCUUGUAUCCAGUUUUCAACAAGUAGAUGUUGUGAUCUCUACACUUCCAGUUCCUCAACACCUUGACCAACUCAAAAUCAUCAAAGCCAUGAAAGAAGCUGGUAACAUCAAGAGAUUUCUUCCCUCAGAAUUUGGCCAUGAAGUGGACAGGGGAACAGCACUUCCACCAUUCCAAAGGCUCUUAGAUGACAAGAAGAAGAUAAGAAGAGCCACAGAAGAAGCUGGGAUUUCCUACACUUAUGUGGCGGCAAACACACUUGCAGCAUAUUUCAUAGAUUUAUUACUCCAUCCUCAUGAUCAACUCCGAGAGGAAGUUAUAGUCUAUGGCAAUGGUGAAGCUAAGGUGGUACUAAAUUUCGAGGAAGAUGUAUGUAUCUACACAAUCAAAGCCUCAGUUGACCCAAGAACAGUAAAUAAAGUCAUCAUCCUUAGGCCACCAGGAAAUAUCAUAUCUCAGUUGGAUUUGAUUGCCCUGUGGGAGAAUAAGUCGCAAAGGAAACUGAAGAAGGUUCAGAUCCCAGAGGAAGAAAUUGUCAAGCACUCUGAGGUUCUACCCCAUCCAGACAACAUACGCAUAUCCAUUGUUCACAACAUCUUCAUAAAGGGUGAGCAGGUGAGAUUUGAAUUGGGGGAGGAUGAUUUGGAGGCUUCUCACUUAUACCCAGAUCAUCAGUACAUGUCAGUUGAUCGUCUUCUUGAUGUGUGUGUGGUUGAUGCCCCUAUUCCCAAGCUCACUGUAUUCUGAAUAUCUGAUGGAUCACCACACUAUCAUGGGCGAAUUUUCAAUAUUCCAUAGUAAAACAUAUAGCUCUGAUGUUAAUACCAUGUGGGAAACAACUAGUACAAGACACUACUUGAUAGCAGAUCCCCUGAUUCUACUUCAGAUUUCUACUGAAUUGAAUCAGAAUAAGCAAUAUGUAAUCAGUGUAACAUCAUUAAUUUCUAAUCAGACACAAAUAUGGAAUUUCUUGUGUG